AUGGCUAAGAAACUGAUGACAGACCGGAAUAUAGAGCUGCGAGCUGCCACCACGCCCACCACUUUGUCUUUUUCAGGCUGCGGCUUCGUGCUGGUGGCGGCAGGAGGCGAAGACUCAGGGACUACAACAUUGGAGAGUAACACGACUGUGGAAGAAACCCAUGCUCCAGAUCAGCCCACGACCCCACCUGUCACCCACCAAGACACUACAGCCAGCGUAGCCAUGACAUCAGUCACACCAGGCGAAGAAUCUAUAGUAAAUAGCACGCUGAGUACAAUGGCUGAUACGACACUUUCGUCAUCUGGCCAGAGUGAAGAGCCAGUGAUGCUAACAGUGCCUUCUCCUGAUCUUGAGGCUGAAAGCAGCGCACGGCAUGAAGUCCCCAGCACCGCGUCUCCCACAACGAUUACCACUUCCACUAUAGUUCCUACCGCAGUGGUGACAAUGUUGUUGCCUCCGCAAUCAACACCGGACACCGAGACAACAAGCGUUCAGCAGACAUCAUUUAGCAGCAUCUCACAUCCUCCUGGUAACAGCACACCUUCGGCCGCCCAGCAACCCACUGCCGCAGUCACUGUGCCACCUGCCACGUCCACAAACAGAUCCACAGAACAGGAGACUACAUCAUCGGAAAUCACCAGAGCUGUCACCACCACCACCACCACCACCAUUCCUACCACCACCAAACCACCGGUCACCCCCGCCAGAGGAACUACUGUAGUUACUGCCGAUACCACAGACGCCAAUACCACUAGCACUACCACCACCACCGCCGCCAUUAAUGCCACCACUAUGGCCACCACUAACGCAACCAGCACAGACAACGCCACAUCAGAGGACGUCAUCCUUAGUGGGGCUCACGUGCCUAAUGUAACAUCUUCAUCAUCUGGCGUCUGCUUUGGUAAGACAGAGGUAAACACGCUGGUGGUGGUGGCCGUGGUGGUGGCAGUCAACGUGGUGUCGGUGGCGUUGACAGCGCUCUGUGUCCACCGCCUUGUGUCUCGCCGCCUUUCCUGGGACCCUCCUCCAAUCUACCGUCACAGAUCGACUCGUAGUGAAAAGGGGGAGAAGCGGACAAGAGGAGCGGUGGGUAAGAAUCUGGCAUCGGACAAGGAAUGCAAGGCAGGUGAAGGGCAGGCCAGCACCCAGAUCCCCAUACUAAUCACGAACGAGGAUGGCUGGUGCGUUCCCUACAGCAACGAGGGGCAGGACGGCAAGAAAAAGCGGGAGAAGGAGAUGAGUUCCCCUACAGAGGAUACAGGAUGCCAUGUUCACCUCGCCUAUGUGCUGUAUCAUCAUCCUCUGACAUUCUGUGCUGAAGCUCGCCCGUUGCAGACCCUCAAGAAUGAAAAUUGUGAAAUGACACAAAAGACGAGCAAUGAGGGUGCGGGCACUAACAAUCGCCAUCACAUUAUUACAGAAACACCUACACUUACCUGGUGGCCGCACUCACCCACUGCCUUGGUCUGUGUUGUGAACAUGGUUUUGUGGAUACUUGAUCGAACAGGCCACAACACAAAAAUCUCUCAAGGCCCCUCGUGGGUGCCUCUGGCCACGACCACUGCCCCCCACACACCAUCGCUACGUCCACCACUCCGCAAGGAAGUCUGCUGUGUCACACCAGCGCCACACUUUGUUGGUUGA